UUGGUUUCCUAAGUGGCUACAGAUGUUGCCACCAAAAACUGUUCCCUGAGGAUACAACACCGAGGGAGGAAGCACGCUGAAGCAGCCCCAGUUGACCGGACGGAGAACACCGCUGCUCUCAAAGCCACCUCAAUGCUGACAUUAUUCCAGCCACUGCCAUAACCAGGCAACUUUCCGAAUUCUCUAGGACUGGAACCAACUGACCAUCCAAAUUAACGCCAGAGAGAUCAUUCCCCGCCGCUGUUGCUUUGAAUCUCACUUGCAACCAUUACUGCUCCCUUUGCCUCUUGUUCUGUGACACCUGUGAUCUCGAUUCUCCCUCGGCACCUCACCCUCCCCUUUCUGCUCCUCUCCUGCAGACGGCAACCAGCCCAGCUCGUCCCUGCCUCCCUAACCUGUCCUUCCUCCCACCCCAAGCCGCACCUCCAUCUCCUACCGACCAACCUCAUCCCGCCCCCUUGACCUGUCCGUCCUCCCUGGACUGACCUAUCCCCUCCCUAACUCCCCACCUACACUCACCUUUCCUGGCUCCAUCACCGCCUCUUCGACCUGUUUGUUUCCUCUCCACCUAUCCUCUCCUCUAUCCGCCUCCCACUCUCUCCCUAUUUAUUUCAGAACCCCCUUCCCCAUUUCUGAAGGAGGGUCUAGGCCCGAAACGUCAGCCUUCCUGCUCGGCCUGCUGUGUUCAUCCAGUUCUACACCUUGUUAUCUUGACGUCAGACCCUGGCGGGUUUCCCCGAGCAAUUUUCCGUUGUCGUUCCAGACACAAUCCAGAUGGAGGGGCUCGGCCAGGCUCUGAACUCCCAGACAGUUGCAUUUCCGUGGCACCUUUCCCAAAUGCGGGGCAUCCCGGAGUGCUUUUGCAGCCAACAAAGCUCUUCUGCAAGUGUCAUCGCCAUGGAAAAUGCUGAUGCACAGCAAGAUCCCGCAAACAGCCGUAAGCUCGGCAACCAGUAGCACUGCUGACCCAGAUGAGGUGGGGGCUCUUGUGUUUGACAUUGGCUCAUAUACUGUGAGAGCUGGUUACGCUGGAGAAGACUGCCCCAAGGCGGACUUCCCAACCACGGUAGGGCUCAUCAACCACGAUGAGGCAGCUAUGGAGAUCGACGGUGAGAAGGAUGCUAAGUCGGGGAAGACGUACUACAUUGACACCAACUCCCUGCAUGUUCCCAGGGAGGGUGUGGAGGUUAUCUCCCCUCUGAAGAACGCAAUGAUUGAGGACUGGGAUUGCUUCCAGGCGAUUCUGGAUCACACUUACACCAAGCACAUCAAGUCGGAGCCAAACCUGCAUCCUGUUCUCAUGUCAGAAGCACCGUGGAAUACCAGGGCCAAGCGUGAGAAGUUGACCGAGCUGAUGUUUGAGCACUACAACAUCCCUGCCUUCUUCCUCUGCAAGACCGCUGUGCUUACUGCCUUCGCCAACGGGCGGUCCACAGGCCUCGUUCUCGACAGUGGCGCGACCCACACCACCGCCAUUCCUGUGCACGACGGCUACGUCCUGCAGCAAGGCAUUGUCAAGUCACCCCUGGCUGGGGAUUUCAUCUCGAUGCAGUGCCGGGAGCUGUUUCAGGAAAUGAACAUGGAAAUCACUCCGCCUUACACAAUCGCCUCGAAGGAGCCUGUUCGUGAAGGUGCCUCGCCGAAUUGGAAGAGAAAGGAGAAGAUCUCCCACGUCACCAAAUCCUGGCAUAACUACAUGUGCAAUGAAGUAAUCCAGGAUUUCCAAGCUUCCGUUCUGCAAGUUUCUGACUCACCAUAUGACGAACAGGUUGCUGCUCAAAUGCCUACCAUCCAUUAUGAGAUGCCCAAUGGCUACAACUGCGACUAUGGAGCUGAGAGGCUACGGAUACCUGAGGGCCUGUUCGAUCCCUCCAAUGUCAAGGGACUAUCGGGGAACACGAUGCUGGGUGUCAGUCACGUCGUCACUACCAGCAUAGGGAUGUGUGACAUCGAUAUUCGGCCGGGCUUGUAUGGCAGUGUGAUUGUCACCGGGGGCAACACCUUACUUCAAGGCUUCACAGACCGGCUAAAUCGGGAGCUCUCACAGAAAACACCUCCUAGUAUGCGGCUGAAGCUGAUAGCCAAUAAUAGCACAGUGGAGCGGCGAUUCAGCCCCUGGAUUGGUGGCUCGAUCCUUGCCUCCCUGGGCACUUUCCAGCAGAUGUGGAUCUCCAAACAAGAAUAUGAGGAAGGGGGCAAACAGUGUGUGGAGAGGAAGUGCCCCUGAGCACCGAAUAGGAAGGACAUUCAUUAGCUGCCUCAUACAUCUGCCUGAAAGCCAACCUCUCGCCUGCGCUCCCUCUCCCAACAGGCCCACCUGAGGCCUAGGCUUUCCCUUUUAUUUGUCUUGUCCCUCCGGUCUUGACCUUUCUCUGCUCAUGGGCCUGGCUUGACACUCCCCACCUGGGAUAGUGGAGAGAAAGUCCACAGGAUGAUCACUGAGGCUGAGCCAAGUCCCAGUGGAGGUCCCCAUUAUAAGGCCAGGCCAUUUCCCAGGUGUGAGAAGCCUCCUAGGCCGGGACCUUCCUUGAACUUCUCUGUCCCGUCAGAUCUGGGUAAAUUGACAGCAGUGGCUGCAAAAGGAAGAGCAGACGCAUUCUGGGAAUGGGCUGGGGGGAGAGAAGCGAGGGGUGGGUCACAUUCCUGGCCUAAUGAUCGGAAGCUUAAACUAAUAAUCUGAGGGGACAGGGACCAGAGCAGCUAGCAGAAUUGAGAUUUCAUCAACACAUAGAUUGGGAAUAAAAAUGGUGACCAAUAAACUACUGGGUUGUCUUAAAAAGUACGAUCUGAUUUACCACAGUGUAAAAAUAAGGCAGAGGCAGGAUUGCCAACUUAAACGUCUUCAAAUAUUCUAUUUACGUUUCUCUUCCGCCAUCUUCCUUAAUCUUAGCCUUAUUCCCCCCCUCCCUACCAGCUCCUUCAACCAGUAAAGACCCUACAUCUGGGCAUCCAGAGGCGAGGCCUUCAAUAUAGGGCUUCGGGCCUACCUCCAUUGUGAGCUCUAUUUCAAAGGAUUAGGGUUAGGAAGUGGGUGCAGGAAGCAGCAGUUUUACGGAAUUCAGACACCCAUGACCCUCAGGUACCUAGGCUGUGAUUGUCUACUGGUAACUCACUAGCUAGGGACUGGUUGUAGGGGGUGGGGUUUGGCAGUGUAUGGCUGCUGGCUUAAGGCCCCUCACUGGCUCUUCCACUGUUGAAUACGACCAUGGCAUGCUGGGGGAUCUACCUCAGCCUCCCCAUCCCAAGCUUGUCAACCAUGAGAGGCCUCGCUGUCUGAUUCUCAUGUCCUAUCCAGUUGAGCGCUCAGUUUGCUCUCUUCCAUCGGGCCAUCAUCUCAGAGCAAGGGGCCACCAGUUAGGACAGAAAUGAGGAGGAAUUUCUUCUCUCAGAGAGGAGUGAAUUUAUGGAAUUCUUUACUGUGGAGGUUGGGUCGUUGAGUAUAUUCAAGGCUGAGGUAAGUUUUUAAUCUGAAAUGGACAGAUGGUUAUGAAGAAAAGGCAGAAAAGUGGGCUUGAAGAUUGUCAGAUCGGCCCAGGACUUGAUGAGCUGAAUGGCCUACUCCUACUCCUAUACCUUGUCUUAGGACCACUUGGGGGCCAGGAACCAAUUGGGCUGACACCAGGGUUCAGUCUGGGAUCUUGCUGCCCAGGCACUCUUUUCCUUUAUUCAUUCACAGGGUGAGGGCAUCGCUGACUAGGGCAAUAAGCAUUUAUUGCCCAUCU